AAACGUUCAGUCCGGAUGUUAUGAAGAGAGCGGGCCCUUCGGCGGAGUCUGGAUGUGUCUUCAAGUUUCAGUUUGGGAAAUGUUUCUACCUACCGCAGGGCCACCGUACUGAUGUCCACAUGAUGAGAAAAUGUUUUAAAGUAACCGGGACAUCUCCUCACCCCCAGACAUGUCUCUGCAGGUCAGCUGCCUGUCAUUUCGGCAGCCAUAUGCCGGUCUGGUACUGGAUGGUGUGAAGACGGUGGAGAGCCGCUGGCGCCCCCUGCUGGCCCCGCUGGAGAACCAGACUUUGGCUGUGCACAUCGCCCAGCGGGACUGGGAAGGGGUGGAGUGGAGGGCAGUGCUUAGCGGCCCCUUGGGGAUGACCUUUGGUCAGAUUGAAGCCCUGCUGGAGUCUGGAGAGAGGUUCGGCCGUGGCGUGGUUGCAGGAUUGGUUGAUGUGGGACACACCUGGCUUUGCCCUGCCUCCCUGCAGGUGGAGGAGCUUCAGCAUCUGGAGCGGUCGGCUGUUCUGAUUGGUCUUCAGGAGAAACACCUGACUCACCUGUCCAACCCUCGCUGGCUGAAGGAGCCGCUGGGAACCCGAGGAGGCCGUGACCUCUGGACUGUAGAGAUCCCCUAUGAGCUGUUACCAUGAUGACAGACACAGGUGAUAACCUGGUGACUUACCUGUUUCUCUGUUUUUGUUAAUAAAGGUUUUAUUUUUGUA